AUGAUUUUUUUUUUCUUUGGCUCGAUAAAACCACAUAUUUCUCGUCUUCCUUCUUUACCCGCAAGGUGUCCUAACUGCUUUGAUCCUUCGCCGACCGUUUAUCAGUACAAACACCAAAAUAAACUUGAGAUAUUUUUCAUUCCUGUCUGGUGGUUCAAACCUAAGUUAUAUUGGGUUUGUGAACGUUGUAAAUGGAGAGGGACAACGAGGCCGGAGGAAGAACAAAUUCGACGUCUCGAAGAGGCCGAGCUGAAACGACAACGAGAACCCCUUCCAACUUGGGGGUUAACAAGGUGUAAUAACUGUAAUAUGGAGAUUAAUGUAUCUGGACGCAUCAAAUAUUGUCCCUAUUGUGGAAAAUCGGUCGAAAAUGAAG